AUGGAGAGAACUCCGCCUAGACGAAGGGCUGCCAAGGCUUGCGCUUUUUGUCGGCGCAGGAAAUUCCGUUGCGAUAAUGAACGUCCAGUAUGUUCCAACUGCAAGGCAUAUGCACAAGACUGUGCCUAUAUAUCAGGACCGGAAAGACCCAGACCAACAAACGCUCGGCUGUCUCAACUGGAAGCCGAAAAUGAGCAGCUUCGACGGCACCUGAGGCAUGUGAAUGCUCACUCAGAAGACAGGUCAGAGAUCACGGAGAACAGCCCAUCUCAGUCACCGCAGCAGAUACAAGAAUCUGCAGAGAGUCUGCCUACAGACGCAAAUGUCAAUCAACGCCAGUCAGCUGUAUCGCGGAUAUUCAUCUCACCAAAUGGAGACUCAAGCUAUCAUGGACUGACGAGCACCUUAUUCAAUGAUGCAUCAACCGAUCAACAUGGCCACCCACGAUCAAUAGACCCGCACAUCCCGGUGGAGCACAUUCGAAAGCAGCUGAUCGGAGAAGCUGCUUAUCAACGACAAUUGGAAGCCUUGAACAUGAGACAAGGGAAACUGGACUUCGAUGGAGUUGAUCCAGAGCUUGGAAUGCACCUUCUGUCUCUACAUUGGAAUCGCCAGCAUCAUUCCUUCUUGAUCACAUAUCGCCCGGCUUUUAUGCGAGAUAUGGCCACCGGCGGCCCUUAUUUCUCCAAACUUUUACUGAAUGCGAUCUAUUUCGGCGCAUCAAAGUUCAGCAACCGCCCAGAAGUUCGUCGAGAUCCGAAUGAUGUGCGUACUGCUGGAUGGACAUUCCGCCAGCGAGUAAAAGAAUUACUCGGCGGUGCUUUAGAUCGAAGUGAGAUCACGACUAUCCAGGCCCUCCUGGUGAUGACAAGCUCGUUGUUUGCAUUGGGCGAUGAACGCAGUGCUGCAUGGCUCUAUGCUGGUACAGCAUUUAGAAUGAUCAUCGAUCUAGGCAUGCAUGUUGAUGCCACCAUGCUAAGAAACAUGCGACGUCUCUCAGACGAAGAUAUUGAAAUCCGUCGUCGAGUGUUUUGGGGUGCCUUUGUCGUAGACAAAAUCCAAUCCCUUUACCAAGGUCGCCCUGCCAGCUUACAGGAGUUUGACACAAAAGUCUCUUUGACACUCUUGGAUCACUACGAAGAACUGGAACACUGGCAACCCUUCGCAUAUACGGAUGUACAGUCAUAUACAGGAUCACCCGCAUACAGUGUUUCAACUUUUACACAGCUAUGCAAGCUAUCGUUGAUCUUAAACUCCAUCUUGAACAAGGUGUACUCGGAACGCAGCUCGAAUCGGUCAUCUCAGGAGUUAGUGACCACACUACAAUCAUUAGAUGCCCAACUCAAGGCGUGGCAUGACGAAAUCCCCGAGCAUCUACGGUUCGGCCCUCCCUCUUCUACAACACAAAUCACACCGCCACCUCAUGUACUCUCUCUUCUGGCUCUCUACAAUGUACUCCUCAUCCUUCUCCACCGACCCUUCGUGGCAGAAGGACAUCUACACUCGACCGAUCCAUCCGUGGCCAUUAGCUCGUUCACUACCUGCACAGCAGCAGCAGCUCGAAUAAUUUACAUACUCCAAGCAUACGACCACGCGUUCUCGAUCCGACGAGCUCCAUAUCUGAUUUCAUAUGCAACGUACGUCGCCGCGACGAUAUACGUUCGAGUAGCUGCCCAAAGGGAAUCAAGCAGUCGGGCACAUUCAAAUCUAUGGACAUGUCUCCACAUCUUUCAAAAGAAUCAAGCGACAAACUGGGCCGUCCGCCGGGCCAAGAAUGUGAUCGUACAUUUAAUGGACCGUAUGGGUGUUGAUCUAGAUAUCCGACAUAAGAAAUACGAAGAGACACAUUCAGAUGAUGAUACCACUGAGGAAAGACAUGGACAGGCUUUAGACAAACAGUCUGGUGCCAAUGACCAGGGUCCCAGAAUGACUCCUUUGCCUGCUCGGAUGACACCGCCAGAGACAGAGGUAUCGGAAUUGGACAUGGAUAUGAUUAUCCAGAGCUUCAUUCGACAGCAGACGAGGACAAGUGAUGAACAUGCGUUCGAUGAGGCGAGCUAUCAUGGCUUGGCUGGCCCUGUCAUUCCUUUGGGCACGCCUGGUACCCUUGCACCUGCUGUUUUCCCGGGGUAUAAUGAUGCAUGUCUUGAUGCCCAAUUUGAUGAUGAUAUGUUGUUUGGAUUUAAUGGGUCUGUACAAGAUAGUAUGUUAUAUAGAUAG